GCCAACUGGCGAGCUUCUUCGACCGACCGGCCGGUCCCCCAAACCUCACGGCUGGUGGCAGAUUAAUGGGUCCUGGGCAUCCUCGGGGCUUCUAGAGAUGUGUGGGAAAGGUAUUGAGCCCCCGCCGUACCGACCCAGAUGUCGAUCGUGGGGAGAGAUAUAUAUCCAUCGCAUCUAGCCAGCCGACUCAAAUCCUUACCCUACUGGGGGGGGCUGCGCGCAUCCCCGGACACCCACCAACGACCCGCAAGGACAGUCCCGGCCUGCCCGACCCCCGCCAACUGGCGAAUUCUUACCUACCCCCCACGCCGCUGCGACGGGGCCUCCGGUGGCUGCGGCCGCUCACCAAGACCGGGCCGCCCGCCGCCACCAACUGGCCUGCUGGGGUUAAGGUCCGCAAAGUCCCUCUUACCGCGCGCCGCCUCACGGCAAGGCCGCCAUCCGGCGGCAUCCGCGUUGAUCCCUCUUCGGCCCGCGGCCGCGCCCAUCCCCGCCCCAUCGCCGCCAACUGGCAACCUCACGCCCACCACCCCCGGCCCCUGGACCCCCAGCCACGGGGAUCGCGGGGCCCGGGCGUCCCGCCGCCCGGGAGAGGGCCCACGGCGCACCCGCAUCGUGCGCCCGCCCCGGCAGCAGCAACCACGCCGCGGCUCUGCGUUGCAGUGUCCACCGGCCACCCAGCCAGCCCUGCCGCUCGAGGUCCGCGGCGCCGCCCCCCCUGCCGUGGAUGGCCUGGCGCGCCCUGCGGGUGGCGGACCACCCUUCCCACAUAUAUCUUCCGGACACCGCCAGGGUCGAAAGUGGCACAUCUAUGUUCCGGGGUCCAAACGUGUCUGGGAGGGGGAUGUUUUUGUAUGGGGUGGUCUGUGCACGGGUCAUUCCUCCAUACAAAGUGGGCCUCCGGGUCAGUCCCAAACUCCCGCACUUUCGACACUUAAUGAAAUCGAGGCCGCGGCCCGCCGCCAACUGGUGAAUAUUCUCGAGCGGGGCCCACCAGUGCGCCAACUGGCAUUGUUCGACCGUCACGACCGGCCAUCCCCCUAUCGCCUCCCCGCCAACUGGCAAACGCUUCGAGGAGCGGUCCGGUCCCCCACACGUCGCGGCCGGUCACCCGGAAAUGCCCAGACGGCAUGUGCAGUGGUGUGUUUCCUGGAUGCCCGUCCUGGGCCUGAAAGCCCGCAGCCACCUCGGUUGGCCGCCAACUGGCAUUGUUCGACCGUCACGACCGGCCAUCCCCCUAUCGCCUCCCCGCCAACUGGCAAACGUUUUGAGGAGCGGUCCGGCCCCCCACACGUCCAUGCCCAUGUUCCAAGCCCACCAGGGCGCCAACUGGCGUUGUUCGACCGUCACGACCGGCCGACCCAUCCCUGGUUCCCUGCCACGACGCCAAAGGCCCUUCUUGGCCGUCAGUGCCAACUGGCAAACUGGCAGGACUGA